GUGCAUUCUCAGUAAUGCUAGCUGGUGUGGUAGUAGUAUGACUCAGUAGCAGCAGCAGCAGCAGCAGUGGUAAAACAACCUUAGCUUGAAUGCUAUGGAUUUUUAGGAAGAGUUAGUGCUAAGUGCAAAGCUGUGUAUGGGAGGAAAUUAGGCUAUUUAUAUAAAUUAUAUAUCUAUACAUAUUCAUAUGAAAGUACAUCAACAGAGUUCAGCAACUGGAGUCUGACCUUUUUGUUUUGGGCAACUGAAAUUAAUUUUAUUGAGCUUUGUAACAUUUAAAAAAGAUAGAAGACAACUUUUCUUUUUCUAAGUUAGAAGGAAGCUGGACUUUAACCGCAGAAUGAGGAGGCUGCUGUGCUUCACCCCCAGGUGCCUCUGGAGUUCCAUGCCAGCACUCUUUGCUUUAACCCUCGCCCUGCUUUCUUGCUGUCGGGCCACAGAGUACGAGUACCUCAGCUGGCAGUCUGACCUGUACACCGGCGGGCGCAUCUAUGGCAAGCAGCCGCAGUGCGUGGACAUCCCAGACGACCUGAGGCUGUGCCACAACGUGGGCUACCAGCAGAUGCUGCUGCCCAACCUUCUGGAGCACGAGACCAUGGCUGAGGUGAGGCAGCAGGCAGGCAGCUGGGUGCCCCUGGUCCACAAGAACUGCCACCCGGGCACCCAGGUGUUCCUGUGCUCCCUGUUUGCGCCAGUCUGCCUGGAUCGGCCCAUCUACCCGUGCCGCUGGCUGUGCGAGGCAGUGCGAGACGGGUGCACCCCCAUUAUGGAGGCGUUUGGCUUCCCCUGGCCCGAGAUGCUCACCUGCGAGAAGUUCCCACAGGACGACGUCUGCAUCGCCAUGAGCCCCGCCAAUGCCACGGAGACCACCAAGACGCAAGACUCUGGCAUCUGCCCGCCAUGUGACAACGAAAUGCAAACAGACGUCAUCCUGGAGCACAUGUGUGCCAGCGAGUUCGCCAUCAAGACGAAAAUCAAGGAGGUGAAGAGGGAAAACUCGGACCGUAAAGUGAUCCUGCAGAAGAAGAAGAAAGCCUUGAAGCUGGGAAGCCUCAAGAAGAAGGACCUGAAGAAGCUGGUGCUGUACCUGAAGAACGGAGCAGACUGCCCCUGCCAGCAGCUGGACAACCUGGGCAACAUGUACCUCAUCAUGGGCCGCAAAGUGGACAAGCAGUACCUGCUAACAGGCAUCCACAAGUGGGACAAGUCCAGCAAGGAGUUCAAAAAGGCCAUGAAGAAAGUCAAGAGCCAUAAGUGCCCAGCCUUUGAGACUGUCUUCAAAUGAUCAGCAAUGCAUUUGCAUCUCAUGAACUUGCACAAAAACCAGCUGAUUUUACGAUAGUAGAGCAUCGCUGUAUCUAUAAAACAAACAAACAAGCUAAAUCUAAAACCUCUUAAUUGUUUCUUUCCCCGCAUACUUUCCCUGGAGGUUUCUCAUUCUUUUGUUGUAUACUGUAUCUUUCCCCUAAAUGUAUUUUAAAUCAUUGCCUGAACAAGUUUUGGUUUUUGUUCACAAUAUGGAUCUGAGAAGUGAAUUCUUUUGAGCUGAAAUACAAUUACCAUUCUGAUAUAUCAUGGUAAAUAUUUACAAGUGCCAAUUUUAAUAAGGCUCUGCAUGGCUGCAUUGGGUUUUAAUAGUAAUACAGUAAUAUUUGAACCUCUUGCCUUGCAUUAAACAAGUGAAAUGGGGGAAUCGUUAUCAAGCAACAAUCAUUUUAAUUAAUGUAUAACAAAGAGAAAACAAAAACGGUCAAAGCCACAGGCUAGUCUGCUCAGGUCCAAGGUAUAUAUUUUUUAAAUCCAUGAAAUAACACGCAAUAAAAAAGGGUGUACUAUGGUACAAACCAAAUAGCUUUUGCAAUUUGCUGACAUAUCGGCUUGCAUGCUGUCUGAUUGAGCUGCGUUUCAGGGUCUUCUUGUUGUCCAGCUCUCAAUACAAAAACACUAAACACUUCACAUAGUCUACAGCAGGGUUUCCCAAUCCUGGUCCUGGGGACCCCCUGUGUCUGCUGGUUUUCAUUCCAGUUGAGCUCUGAAUGACUUAAUUGAACCCUUAAAAGAACUGAUAAUUUGCUUAAUUUGACCCUUUUACUUGUUUUCAGCUCUUAAACAGUUGCAGAUUUCAAGUUAGCUAGAACAUGUUAUAAAUAACUUGAACUAUGCAACUGUUUAAGAGUUGAAAACAAGUAAAAGGGUCUAAUUAGCAAAUUAUCAUUUCAAUUAAGGGUCUAGUUAAGUAAUUGAGAGGUCGGUUGGAAUGAAAACCAGCAGACACAGGGGGUCCCAGGGACUACAGCACAGAGCCCUGAUCCACAAAACUGUCUUCAUCAUCUUCUUCUUCAUUUUCUUCUUCUUCUGAAUUGCUAGGUAAUACUGGGAAACACUGUUAACAAACCUUGUAUUGAUGAAAACCAAAAAACUAAUCUUAGAUCCUCCAUAUAUGUACGUUUUACAGUGAUUACAUUUCUAAAUUACAGAUAUUUUUGGGGGGAUAUUUACUGGCUUUUUUAUUUUUUUAUUUCCAUGUAUAUAAAGGCCUCCACUCGUAUAUUUUUGGGAUGAACAGCACAAUCAUUAGGCUAUCCUGGCUAUAGAGCUGCUUCAGCUAUAGAGACGCUUUUUGACCGUGAAAAUAAUCGCACACGCUGUAAUCCAGGACACAAAGAAAGCACUGUAGGCUUCAAGCCUGAUUUGGCACAUGAUAUUUGACCCCCAACAGUCUGAAUUCGGCUAGUCAGACUGACUGAUGCAUAUUUAUGACCUGACAGCAUUUUGUUCAGUCAUUUUACAUCACAGUUCAUAAAGGAUGUAGGAACUAGGAGUAGAAAACAGACUUCAACUAUAAUGACUACCAAAGAGUCUAUACUGUACUCUGGCCCUCGAGAUCUAUUCUAGUCCUGGUCUUUAUUCCAAGCAGGUCCUGAAUUAGUUAACAGCUUCAAUUAACUACAUUAGAACCUGCUUGGAGUAAAAACCUGGACUGGACUUGAUCUCCAGGGCCAGAGCUGAGUACCACUGCUGUACAGCUAUGGCCAAAGGUUUUGCAUCACCCUAUAGAAUUAAUACAUUUUUCUUCAUUAAGUCGAAUGAAACCUGAAUAAUGUAAAGUUACCAUAUUGAAUUACAUACCGCUUUGUAGUUUCCCAUAUACUUAACAGAAAUUGAAAUCUAACAUGAAAUACUGUACUGCUAUUAUGGCUUCCGGUAGACUUUUGCAAUAGCAUUUUGUAGUUUUUUUUUUAAUUUUUUUAUUACAUGAUGUUAAAUAAAAUAUCUAAAUUAUGUUCAUAUCGUUUUUUUUUUUCCUCAAUCUGAAAAUUCUAGGUGAUGCAAAACUUUAGGCCAUAGCUGUAUACUGUACUGAUGGCUUUGCUGAUAACAUGCAUAAACGCUCCCUAUUACAAUAUGUUCAGCCAUCUUUUCCGUACUAAGUGACUGUCUGUCAUGUUCCAGAGGGACAGCUAGUACAAUGGGAACUGAAAAGAAGGAAGAGGCAGUGCCAGUCUUGGUGUGUCUAUUGUCGCCCUGUGCUUUAUAUCCAUUGAGCUGCAUAGUACAGAACUGUUUAAAACCAUCAUGUUAUCCAAAAUCAUGUGAUCAGUGUCAUGUGUUUGCCCCUGGAUAUCACUGUAGUUGAAACUGGUAUUUUAUGAAUGUAUAAUUUCUGCUUUAAGGAAAAACGAGUUGUGUUAAAGGUAGAUAACUCCAUACCAACUGUAAGGGUAAUCAGAGGAAAAGUAAACCUGUUUUCACUCAUUUGAAUUAAAUCAAAGAAAGAAAGACCAGACUGCUGCCUGGGGGGGGGGGGGAGAAAAUAGUUUCUGUAACUUGUGUGAUCUUAUGGAGACGGUGGAACAACUGACUGCUAUAUACAUGAAGCAAUUGUAAUGCAUUAAGGUACACAGAAACACAUUCGAACCACCCAGUGUGGCCAUGUAUUUAUUACUGUGUAUUUUAUUGCAGUUCCCAUUGGAUUACCAUGUUUAAAAAUAUGUUUUUUUAAUAUUGCAUCCGCUGUUCAAAUCAUUUGAAAACAUUGUUGCAUUGCUACCAGCUAUUAUGUACAUAACAAAUUUAACACAAAUAUAAAACAAAAUACAGUGAAACCA